AAGCGCGCCGCGGCGAACCGCGGAGUUUCCAUGGGAACCGCAAGGCCGCGUCUCGCUGGGGUCCCGGACGCCUGCCGGCGCUGUGAGCGCUGUGGCCGGGGCUUUGUCUGGGGUGGGGCCGCGCCUCGGGUGCAGACUGCGGGUGUUUGGAGAAGACAUCCUUGGGGAAUAUUGCGAAAGGGAAGACUUUGGGGCUGGGUUUAGGCCAGUCUCCUAGUCCUGCCCUUCCCUUGGUUGAUGCCCUGGGCAAGGUGUACACCUCUGGCCUGGACUGAGCGCUCAUCUCAACUCUCGGCGCCAUCGUCAUGCUGAGCUGCCUCUUCUUCCUGAAGGCACUUCUUGCUCUUGGGUCCCUGACAUCCUGGGUGGCUGCAGGAGAGCAUGUGAAAGCAGGAGAAUGCCCUCCUGAUAAGAACCCGUGCAGAGAGCUGUGCCAGGGGGAUGAGUCGUGUCCGGCCAGGCAGAAGUGUUGCAGCAUCAGCUGUGGUCGGGUCUGCCGAGGAGACCUUCCAGAAGGGAGGAAAGGAGAUUGUCCCAGGGCUGUUUGGAAACAGUCCUGCUUCCAAAGGUGUAUCACUGAUGAGACUUGUCCAGGUACAAAGAAAUGCUGCACGUUUGGCUGCAACAAGCUCUGUGUGGUCCCAGUCUCUAAACCAAAGCUGGAGUCUGGCGGUGAAUGUCCUGUGGACCCCCUUCCGUGCGAGGAGCUGUGUGACAGGGACGAGUCCUGUCCCCAGGGGCAUAAAUGCUGCAGCACUGGCUGCGGCCACUCCUGCCGUGGAGACAUCAAGGGAGGGCGGGCUGGUGAUUGUCCACACAUUUUGGUGGGCCUGUGCAUUGUCAACUGCAUGAUGGAUGAGAACUGCCAGGCCGGGGAAAAGUGCUGCAAGUCAGGCUGUGGCCGCUUCUGUGUCCCGCCCGUUCAGCCACCAGAACUGGCCACAAACCCCAACUGGACCCUCCGCUCUGAUUCUGCCUUAGAGACCCCAGUGCCUUAGCUGUCCUGAUUUGUCCUGAGCUGCUUUGGUGACUACAGGGGGCUUGUCCUGGCUGCCAGGAGAGGGUGACGUCCUGGGGCUGUGACCCUCCCGGGGGCUCUCGUUGCCCUCGCUGCCCUGCUUCUGUUCCUGCUGCUGCCCUGAGCACUGGAAACAGUCGUGGGUUUGAGCAAUGGUGUGUGGCGCUGCUUUUCCCCAAUAAAGACUGUGCUGAC